AUGUCAGAGAGAAAGUUCCGCCAAGCCCUAACCAAGGUUGGGGAGGCGGCCAAGAUCAGGGAGAGUGUUGCUCAACAGAUGAAAGAAAGCAUAAUCCAACAACGACCUAAGACAGUUGCUCCAGUUGAUUAUGAGAACUAUGUUACAAAGAAUAAGUCCAUUCUCCACAAUGAUCCACAGAGAGAAAUGCUCACAUUCCCUCACGAUGACAUUGUCAUUCCUCCUCCAACCCCUGCCAAGAAAUUACGAACAGUGCAGAGUUCUGUGCCAGAGUCUGCAGCACAAGAGGCCACUAGUUUGCUUGUCUGUGAAGCCAUCAAGUCCUACACCAACAGCUGUCACAUGGUCAAAUACAAGUACAGCAAAUACUCAGGCUCAUACCAACAGUUACCAUGUGUGAAGAAACCAGACCCAUUACCUAAGCAUGUAUUUGAAAUUGAUGCAGAGGAAGAAGAAAAAGACGAUGAUGUAUCCAGCAGAACCUCCAUGGCAACUACGAUUGCCAAAGAAGGAUGGCUGUUCAAAGGGCCAGAUGGUGGCAAAGAGAACAUCAUCAGUUUCACAAGGCAAUUCAAACGACGGUACUUUGCCCUCAAACAAGAAUCUGAUUUUUCCUAUGUAAUGAAUAUCUACAAAGAUGACAGGAAGCUAGACACUAAGGGAUCCAUAUUUCUGGAUCUAGCAGCAGAGGCAUGCAAGAACCCCAAGAAGGGCAAGUACUGUUUUGAGUUGAAGAUGCAGGAGAAAGCCUCUUACUCAUUUGCUGCUGAAAAUGACACCGAGUGUAAUGCCUGGAUACAGACCCUUAACAAAGUCAUUAAUGCUGCAGAGACGGCCUCCAACAUCUCAAUGGACAGAAUCAAAGAGGAGACCAGUACACCAGAGAAAUCCAGCGACAAAAUAGAACAUAGCAUGCACCCGGAACUACAAAAGUAUGGCCGUGAGACUGACCAAUCUCUUGCAAAAUUAAGACAGGAUGGGAGACAGAAUCUAUUUAGGGUGUACCCUCAUAUGAAUAGAUAUGUGAUAGAUGAUGAGGAUGAGGAGGAGGAAGGUGAAGAGAUUGCAGUGUACCCUCCUCAAUAUCGUGAACGAUUUAUGCUGCGGUUGCUGGAUUUCAAGCUCAAACUCCAGUUUAACCUUGGUGAUGAGUUAAAGUGUGGAAAUAAAUUAGUAAAUCCAGAGCCGUUUUUUUUGACAUUCUGUCUUUAUGAUGCUAAAGAAGGGAGGAAGAUAUCGGAGGAUUUCCAUAUGGAUCCUAACGACCCUCUGAUAAAAGACAUGAUUCCCACAGAUGUUCUCCAUGCCUCUGACCGGCUACACACGGUAGAGGGCAAGGCCACUUCUCCAGAUCUCAGGGGGCUGGACGAAAAGUGGAUUCUAGCCCAGAAUAGACAGGGUGUAUUUUCCGUGAUCUGCUGUCACUCGGAGGUGUACCUGUUUGUAAGGAUAGAGAAAGUUCUUCAGGGCCCACUAUCCCAAGCCACCGACACAUACCUCAAGGUGGGCGAAGCUGCCCGCACUGCCUCCAAACAAUACAAACAAAUGAAGCAGCUGUGCAAUAACAUAGGACAUUACAGAAUGCCAUUCGGCUGGGCAGCAAGACAACUGGUGUCAUCAAAUUAUGGUCCAUCUGAUCUAAAGAUUUACAGACACGAGGGGUCAAAACUGUCAGAGGAAGACGUCAUCAAACAUCUACAAGAUCUCAGAAAACCAGAAAAACAGGGUAAACUACAGGAGAUUCCAGCUACAUUUAAAAUCAGCCUGCACAAACUUGGAGUAGACCAACCCCUACCAAAUUCAUUGACAACAUCGUUGAUACCAGUUAGACCGUUUCCGAAUCCCCCUCCAGACCCCCCUGCAGUGGAGAUUGACGAGUUUGUCCCAGACAAGGGACACCUUUGUGACACAUUUGAUAGCUACACUAACAAUCUGUAUGUCUAUCCUGUCAGCCUUAAAUAUGAACAUCAGAAAUCCUUUCCUAAGGCUCGUAACAUAUCCUGCUGUGUUGAAGUGAGAGACUCUGAUGAGGAUGGAGCUGUGCCUUUGAAGUGUAUCUAUGCUCGGCCAGAAAUUGGCAUUUAUACAACUGUGUCCAGCACCGCUGUUCUACACCAUCAGACCACACCCGACUUUCUGGAGGAGAUGAAGAUAGCCUUACCCAUACAGUUAACUGACCGACAUCAUCUUCUCUUCCGGUUCUACCAUGUCAGCUGUGAGGGGUCAAAGUCCAGUAUUCGGUCUUCAGGUACCUCACAGAAAAAGAAGGACAACAUAGAGAGCCCUGUGGGAUAUGCCUGUUUACCUAUCUUGGCCAGUGGAAGAGUUGCUGUUGGAGAACAGAUGCUGCCAGUGACUGUAAACCUACCUCCGGGCUACCUGUCACACGAAGCUAUGGGAGGGACACGUGGGUCUUCUGGUCCAGAUUUGAAGUUUGUGGAUGGUGGAAAAAGCAUCUUCAGAAUUAAACUUCAUCUCAUGUCUACAGUAUAUACCAAGGAUCAACAUUUACAUAACUUCUUUUAUCACUGUCAGAAGAUGGAGAACUCUCUCUCCACAGGGAUUGACAAUGAAGGCCUUAACAAACUCAAGUCUCUCCAUGCCUCAGAUGUCAGUACCUACGUUAAAUUUUUGCCAACAAUUCUCAACCAGCUAUUUUCUCUCCUGUCCAAGACAGAGUGUGAGGAUGUAGCAGUCAAUGUGGUCAAAGUGUUGGUACACAUUGUGUCUGAAGUGAAUUCAGCUGAAAGAAUUAGGACGCUGAGAAAUUAUGUGAAAUAUGUGUUCAAACCUCGGCCUGUCCCUAAAGGAAGUAAACAGCGGACCGUCCAUGAGGAGCUGGCCAAGAACUUAACCCAGAUCCUGCAGCCAUCCAUGGCUGACCACUUAGUGGUCACCAAGUUCCUUCAACACUCUUGGUUCUUCUUUGAAACACUCAUCAAAAGUAUGACAAUGUACCUCAUAGACUCCGACAGAAUUAAGAUGCCGAGGAAUGAAAGAUUUAGUAGUGAUUACCAGUUCCGUAUAGAACGCUUACUACAGACUCUGGCACCAAACAUCACACAAAAACACCGCGAGAUGCCACGAGAAACCAAAAGUGCCAAUCUUAGCAUGGCCAAUUUUGUCAAGAUGUGUUUCACCCUGAUGGACCGAGGCUUUGUGUUUCGACUUAUCAGCUCCUACCUUGAGUGCUUUGGACCAGGUGAUUCCAAGACGCUGCAGGAGUGCAAGUUUGACUUCUUACGAACAGUCUGUAGCCAUGAGCACUACGUUCCACUGUCUUUACCACUGAUGAGGAAAGGAAUGAUAAAGACAUUUAAAGACAUCAAACUGGAAGAUCUGAAAUGCGACUACACAUUAUCAGAGGAGUAUCGUAAACAACACUACCUAGCAGGCUUAAUACUUCAGGAGUUGAAGAUGGCCUUGAGUGAGCCACGAGAAAUUCGUCGUAUAGCUAUCACCGUCCUCCGUGACCAGCUGGCCAAACAUUCGUUUGAUGACCGCUACCUUUCUAAGACCCAGCAGGGGAGGAUUGCAGCCCUUUAUCUGCCCCUUAUAUCCAUCCUGAUGGAACAGAAGCGCCACCUGAUGGAUGACCCUAUGAACCCCUCAGUACCCCCACCUCCAGUUGCUAAUGGAGACGUGUCAGGGAGCACGAAGACUGACCUACGAUCUCACACAUCUCAGUCUGGACAGAAGACCGUCACCUUCGACCAGCGUGACUCAAAGGUGUUUGCUAUGAUAGCUGGAACCGGUGCCCCCGUUUUGAGUUCAGUACCUGAUCUGAAGAACCACCUGAGUGGUUCUAACAGUUCCUUGACCAGUAGUACGUCUUCCAUGGAUCGAUCAGAGAAGGAAGGAAGUAAAAAAUCAGAUGGCGGACGUGACAAGAAAGCCGACAAAGGACACACGAGAGUACACUCUUCAGGGUCAACUGUUGGCACAGAUAAGGGAACAGCUCCAUCCCCUAAACCGUCCUCCAUGAUGUUGAAAUACCAGCGACUUGAUAUCGUAGAAAUCAAGGAUCUUCUCCUUUGUUUCCUGUACAUCCUCAAACAUCUCCCAGACGACAUCCUCCUUGGUUGGUUCAAUAAUUCCUCUGAGUAUGACAUCCUGGACUUCUUCAGCAUCCUGGAGGUUUGUCUGACUCACUUUAAAUACCAGGGACGGAAAAAGAUCCACGAUCUCAGUGUAAUUGGAGACAGCAGAAAGGCAUCCACAAUGCCCUACGCACGGCGCUCCACUCCCAGCGUUGUCAGCAGCAACUUCCAGUUGCGCACAGUCAGCCAAUACGGAGAUAUCCCGGACAGCCCACAUCAGGGUGGAAUGUCUUCAGAUGCAGACGCUGUGAUGAAGGCUCUACAAGAGGCCAACAUGACAACAGAAAUUGGCCUCAUCUUUCUUGAUCUGCUCAGUACAUACUGCCAAACUUUUAAGGGGAAUUUAGAUCACAAAAAUGGAGACAACAGUUUGAUGAGAAAGAUUUUUAGUCUAUACCUGUCUUUCCUGCAAACCAGUCAGUCAGAACAUCUCCAGAAACAUGUGUUUGCUGCCUGGCGUUCCUUCAUCAAGAAGUUCCCAUCUGUAUUGUUCCGAGGACAGGCUAGUUUGUGUGGAGAUCUUUGUUAUGAGGUGCUGCGGUGCUGUAACUCAAAACUCUACUCAACGCGGAAAGAAGCAUGUGCUCUCCUUUAUCUUCUUAUGAGAGCCAACUUUGAGUACACAAAGAAGAAAAGCUUCACUCGCGUCCACUUACAGGUGAUUAUCUCCGUAUCGAAGCUCUUAGGAGACGAUGUUGGCCUCAGUAACUCACGUUUCCAGGAGAGUCUUGCCAUGAUUAAUAGCUAUGCUUCUAGUGACAGGGCAAUGCAGGGUGAUGGAAAAGGUCGGAAACGUGGACAAAAGCCAGAGAAAAGUGGUUUUCCAGCAGAAGUUAAAGAUCUCACAAAACGAAUCCGGACUGUUCUCAUGGCGACUGCUCAGAUGAGAGAGCAUGAAAAUGACCCAGAAAUGCUGAUUGAUCUACAGAAUAGUUUAGCCAAAUCUUAUGCCAGCACACCAGAGCUUCGAAAAACUUGGCUCGACUCAAUGGCAAAAAUACACUUCAGAUAUUCAAAUUUCUCAGAGGCAGCACAUUGCUACAUCCAUAUAGCAGCCCUCAUAGCAGAGUACCUGAGACGCAGAGCUGCACUACCAUGUAUAUCUGGGGAAGUGUUAUGGACAGAGGGUUGUUUUCCUCAAGGUUGUGCUGCUUUUAAGACCAUCUCUCCUAACAUAGAACUGGAGGAAUCAGGGAUCAAGGAUGACUCGGGGAUGCAAGAUGUCCAGUACACUGAGGAAACCAUGGUGCAGUUCUUGGAGCUAGCUGCCAAUGCUAUGGAGCAGGCAGAGAGAUACGAAAUCCUCGGGGAGAUUUACAGACUAAUCAUUCCGAUCUAUGAAUUCUCACGUGACUAUGAACGUCUGUCUGCAGGGUAUACCCACCUGGCCAACGCGUACAGCAAAGUGGUGGAGGUGACAGCCUCGGGUAAACGCCUCCUCGGCAAGUACUUCAGGGUGGCUUUCUACGGUCAGUCAUUCUUUGAUGAAGAAGACGGUAAAGAGUAUCUGUAUAAGGAACCCAAAGUCACAAGCCUUGCUGAGAUCUGUGAACGUCUCGAAAAAAUGUAUGGUGAGAAGUAUGGUCGUGACAACGUAAAAUUAAUGAAAGAUUCCAAAAAGGUCAAUCCAAUGGAGCUGGACACUAAAUUUGCUUACAUUCAGGUGAUACAUGUGACUCCAUACUUUGAGGAAAAGGAGCUACAACGUCGUGUGACAGAAUUCGAGAAAAACAACAAUAUAAAACGAUUCAUGUUUGAGACCCCAUUUACAAAAAAUGGGAAAGCUCACGGAGAAAUCCACGAGCAAUGUAAACGGAGGACCAUACUCACAACCUCACAUGCAUUCCCAUUUGUAAAGAAGAGGAUAGAAAUUGUUGACAGAAAAGAGAUGGUGCUGACUCCAAUCGAGGUUGCCAUUGACCAGAUGCAGUCGAAAGUUCUUGAUAUGAAGGAAGUCGUCAACUUGUCACGGCCUGAUUCGAAAAAACUCCAACUCCGUCUGCAGGGCAGCGUUAGUGCACAGGUAAAUGCUGGUCCAUUGGCGUACGCUCAGGCUUUCCUGGGUAAAGACAAAAUCACGUCCUUCCCGAUAGAUCACGUGGAUUCACUUAAGGAUGUGUUUAGGGAAUUUGUAAGUGUGUGUAAUGACGCACUUGAUCUCAACAUGACGUUGAUUACAACAGAACAAAAGGAAUACCAUGAAUCUCUGUGUACGGGCUUCCAGGAAAUAGUCACAAAACUCUCAGAAUUAUUUGGAGAAAAGAUCCUAACCAAUACUGAAGCAGGAUCACUGUCGCAGCGGGGAUCCAUGACUGUAUUCAACAUUGUCAGCACAACCUCAAGUACUAGUUCUGCAUGACUAAGGAUAUGUUACCAUGACAACAAAGGUCACGCUUCACAUCGGAGGUCAACUUGCACUUAAUAGCAUCUAUUGAAAAUAAUUUCCCACCGAAGUGUUUCAGACUUCAUGAAAAGUAAUUCAUGAUGAAUUGAAUUUGACUCCUGAAUGCUGCAUAUCUGUUACAGUAGAGCGGUAAACUACUUAAGAUAGACUUGAAUCUGUAAGAACAGUUGUUUAGUCUGACAGUAAAAUUUUACUUUCUCUAGAGACAAAUUUGACAGUGGAUCUGUGGUAGAGUUUGUAAUGUCAGACAAAAUAGUAACUGUUCAUUGACAGCCAAUGAAAAUAUACAAAUUUAUUAAACCGGAGUCAGGAACAAAGAGUUAGCCAAUUGCAGGACAGAAAUAUUUAACCAGCCAAUCAGGUUAUAGCCUACUAACAGAAUUAACCAAUCAGAUGUAUGAAUCUUGUAUACAAGAUUUCAGUUGGAUUAUAAAGUUGCCAUGGUAACAUGAUUUGAUAACAUUUAAAAGCUAUAAUUAUAGAAAUGUUGUACAUGUUAUAGGUAUUUGACUGUGGCUUUGAUGUUUGCAAAUAAUGUUAGCUUGAAAACUGUGAAGGCUGUGUUAAGUGGAUAUUGAGUGUGUGGAUAAAUGAAACGUGUUAGAAAGGCUUGUCGUACAGAAUGUUUGCUUUGGUCUACAUGGAAAUAUUUGCUGAAUAUAAACAUUCACAUUUAACACUGACACUGUAUACGUAUAUCAUCUGUUCUUAACCUACUGCUGACCUAUAGAUAUUAUGUAACUACUCAACUUUUUUUGUUUGUGAAAUCAUUUAUAAGAUUAGGCAUAGAUCCAGUGUGAUCUUUCUAAUCAUGGAUUCAAUUUCACUAUCAGAAAUUUGCUUUUAGAUUAUUGUACACAGAACUUUGAAAACUAGGAUUUUUUACUCUUAUUUAAAUCAGUUUGGAAAAGUUUGUUUGUUUCACGGUAUGGUGGUUCCACUUUUUCUCUGGUUUAGAUGAUGGAGAACUGAUCAUCAAAAUUGUUUAGACAAUACUACCUUACAUUGUGAUUAUUUAUGAAUUACUGCACAUGUUUUUUAUGCAAUCAGUUUAUUAUUCUGUGUCUAACUUUUACCUCAACCCUUAAAUUACUCAAUUAAAUGUGAUAGUAAACUUUUUCUCUGUAUUUUUUAUCACUUAGAUAUAGUUGUCUCCCCUGGCUUCCUGUUACCGUAGCAUCAGGUACAUAUUUGCUUUCCAUUAGAUCAGUUAGACUGUGCCAUUCCUUCGGAAUAAAAUAGUUGUGCUGAUCAAAUGGGAAGAUGCAAAAUAAGUACAUGUUUGUAUUACCAAGUUGUUCAGAUAUUGCAUUGUUUUGUAAUGUGCAUAACAGAGUUGUCUGCUCUUCCUGGCAUUGGAGAUGUCAUCAGUUUACACUGGGCUCCAGUCAUAGAUAUAUGUACAGCAGUGUUCAACUUUUUAGAAAUUGUUCUUAUAUUAAUUUUGAUGUUUUUGGCUAGCUUUACAUUAUAAAAUAUAAAACAAAAAAUAAUUAUGUGGUUUUCUAUUGAAAAUCAUUUGAAGUAUAAAUAUUAAUUCAUAAUUUUUCCUGUUAUUUAAUGAAGACUAUCUGUGUUUGAAAGUUUAGGUUAUUUGCAGUUUACUUUCAGAAGUUUGUAUUCAAACUAGUUGACCUGAAAAGUUAUUUGUGUGUUAUUGAUUGUAUGCAAUUUUAUUUAUGAUUCUGUCCAGUAAAUCCGUUUUGAAGCUCUCAGAACACUAUCCAAAAUACUCUCCUUCUCCAGGGGUGGAGCCUUCUCUCUCUCUCUCUCUAGGAGGGAAAUCUUCUCUCUCUCCAGGAGUGGAGCCUUCUCUCUCUCUCCAGGAGUGAAAUCUUUUCUCUCUCCAGGAGUGGAGCCUUCUCUCUCUCUCCAGGAGUGAAAUCUUUUCUCUCUCCAGGAGUGGAGCGUUCUCUCUCUUCAGGAGUGGAAUCUUCUCUGUCUCCAGGGGUGGAGCCUUCUCUCUCUCUCCAGGAGUGAAACCUUCUCUCUCUCCAGGAGUGGAGCCUUCUCUCUCUCCAGGAGUGAAACCUUCUCUCUAUCCAGUAAUUAGAACCUCUCUAUCCUGGAGUUAGACCUUCUCCCUCUCCAAUUGUAAGGCCUUCUCUCUCUCCAGGAGUCAAACCUUCUCUCUAUCCUGGAGUUACAGUUAGAUGGUCACUCACUUGAGGAGUCACACUGUCACUCCAGCAGUAACCUCUCUGUUCACUCCAUCCCGGAGGUGGGAUUACUUUACUUAGGAGUUGUUCUGUUACUCAUUCAUCACAAAUAUUCAUUUCAUCUUCAGUCUGUCUGCAUUCUCACUUAACCAAGUUCUCUAACACUUUGUUGUUGUUGUUUAAAAUGACUGACCAUCUCAAACCGCGGAAUCAUUUCUCAUCACUGAUAUAUGAAUGGAGUGCUUGUUGUUGAUUAUGUGGCUGUGUUUUAUAGAAUAACUUGUCUUCCAUGUAUCUAAAGUAUCCAAGAGGCCCUGAUUAUGUAUUUCAGAAUAUCCCACAGGACCUGAAACUUAUUACGAGUAUUCUUCAGCUUUUGAAUCUAUAUUGCAGAUUUUUCCAAUCAUGCAGUUUCAGUAUUUUUAUUUCUGAGCAUGACUCUGGCCCUGAUACUCCAUUACAAAGAACUUCACAGGCUCUGAAUUUUAAUUUCUGAUUCUCAUUGAAUGUGUCUUACUAAGAUCAUUCAGGCCCUGAAUCUGUAUUUGGAAGUACCAAGUAUUGAAAAUCCCCGUCCUCUUCAUACCGGUGUCAAGGCUUAUCACCUUAGGGAACAUAUUAAAAAUUAUUAUGGAAAUUUUAAAACUUUUUUACAGAUAAAGUCUAGAUUUGAUUUAGGCAGACCUUUCAUCAGAAAUGAUAAUUUUUUUCUAAUUACAAGUGUUUUUAGUGAUGAAAUAUCUGUCGGAGCAAUGUGAUUUUAAAAGAACUGUCCUUUAGAGCAGUCAAUUUUGUAACAGCGAUGUAAGGAAUGACCUGAUUUUUUGUAUGAGAUGUGCCUUUUUCAGUGUUAAACAUUUAUAUUCAUUAUUUUGACAUAAUAGCAUCAUUAAGAAUAUCUUGUGAUAGAUUCCAACCUCCUGAUCUGGGCUGUACAAUACUUGAAGACUUGUUGAGAGUCGCCCAUCUAAUUCACUUCCCAUUCAAUCCAUUUCAUGAUAUAUGUUUGUACAAUCUCCACUUAUCGUCACUGAUAAUUAUAGGUGGAAAAUGCAUCAUGUUAAUUCUUUGCAUUUCAGAAAAUUAAUAUUUGUUUAAAUAGAAAUAAGAUAAAUGAGAGGGCAUUGUUUGGUUUCAAGUGAGAUGAUCAGGUGUUCAGAUAUCAGGAUCACUAGUUGUAUUCCUUUAUGUUUUACCUCGUUAACUCUCAUGAUUUAUAAAAUUGAAUACCUAUCUACUUCUGUUGAAGAAUAGAUAUUGAUCCUUAAAGGCUGUAUCUGACAAAUUUGAAUUACAUUUCUAUCUUCUGGUGAUCUGUUAUGUAGGUUCUAGGUUUGUAUCUAUCUAUGUUUAUGCAAAUUGAUGUAUUAAUAUUUUUUUUAAUUAGUGUUCUAUUAAAAUACAUGUGAGUUGUAUUAUAUUUCUUAAAGAAGGUUGAAUUUCUGUGGCUUUGAAAUAUUUUACAUUGUUUUUUUUUUUUUAUCGAUCUGUAUUACAAGAAGAUGAAAAAAUAACAAUUAUUUCCAACUGAUACUUUCCUCUUCAGCAUUUCUAAACAAAAAUGUUGCUAGGAGACAAAUAUUGUAUAAAAAAUCAUUUAUAUUUCUUUUCUUCUUUUUCUUAAAAAUUGAAACUUGUGCCUGAAUUACAUAUAAUGAGUUCCAAAAUGGUCAUGUGGAAAAAAAUUGGUAGAAAAAUAUUCUGAUGAAAAUAUUUUUAAUAUCCUUCUCAAAAUGAACAUUACCCAUAACCGAUAACAUUUGCUAUAACAGUUUGUGGAGUUGAUUUUGAUUAAACCAGGCAAGGAUGGCCGGAGAAUUGAGAUUGAGGGUCUGAACCAGAUGUGAAGUGCUGGCCAACAAUUGUAUUUGUUCGACAGUCCUUCCCCAUUUAUCAUAAUGAUUUGAUCUGAUAGAUAUUUUAGAAAUAUAUUUCACCAGAAAUGUCGUAAAGUAUGACAAUAUAAUCAGACUUGGGAAUCAAAGAAAACUAUAUAUUGUGUAUAAUAUGGAUAAUUAGUGUACUUGUAUAUGAUUACACUGUGUGAUAUCACAGACUUAGAUAUUCAUGGUUAGGUGAAUGUGAAUACCUGUUCAUUUUUAUAUCACAAACAAUAUUUGCAAAUAUGUAAUGUAGAAUCAAUAUCCGUUCAGUGAAAAUCAAAAGGUCAGGGUUCAUUUAAUUAUGUAAGGUCAUAGUUCAAGAAGUAUCAUAUAUAUUUAGUGCUGUAUAACUCCUUUUGCAUAAGUACAAUCUUCACAAGACCAAAUGUUCAAGAACUUGUUUGAAAAUUAACUUGAAAUAAUAUGUAGCUAGGGAAGGUCAAAGGUUAAUUUAUUCUAAGAUCAGUAUAGGUCAUAGUUCGUACAUAAAGAGAACAGAUUUGAGGUUGAGAAAUUUAAGUUGUAUUGUGCAAGUCAUAAACAGAUGUCUGAUACCCUGCAAUAUUGAUUUAUAACUGGCAAUAAGUUCAUUAAUAUUCAUCUCAUUUAAAUAUUUGUGUAAACUUGUAUAAUUAAAAAGAGAUAUUUUUAAGAAUAUAUUAUUGUUUUUACCUAAAAGGUAGAACAUUGUUAUUUAGUUUGACUGGUUGGUGUGACAUUUUAUCACAAUUUUAGUGGUUAGUAGUAAUUAGAACACAGUGUAUGUGAUGCUAUGGUUUGUUGUUAAAUUAUUAAAUUGUGUAUAUUUACAUCAGCUGCCAGUAAUCUUGAGUUAUGAAGAAUUCUAUUUUGUAUAUAUAGUAUUUGCCAUGUAUGGUCAUACCCUAAUUGGUAUGUACGAGCCUGUACUGACUAUUGGUGGGUAUCUUGUCGUUUACAUUGUAAUUCUACCAUCUUUCUCAUUACUCUGUAUAUACUUAUCCCUGCUUCCAUUGCCCGCAUCUUUAUAACAUUGCAUUAGGUUGGAGUUUUGUGUUAGGGUAGGGUGGAUGGGAGUGGAAUUAAGGACAUUUAUACUGGAAUUAGGAAGAAGGGUUGGGAUGGGAAAUCCAAAAAGAGGCUUAUCAGGUUGUUUGUGAAGAAUUUACUUUGAUAUAUUACUUGUUUACCUUCACUUUUACCUAUUAUUUGUGUUAAGGGUGUAUGCUACCUUUCACUCUCUCACAAUAUACCUGUGAUUUGUGUGGAGAAUGAAGAGUUAUAUAUAAUAUCUUACUUAUCAGGCCAUUUAUUUUUUAUGUCUGAAGUUUUCAUUAUGGGUGUAACUCUUUAUUCAGAAAUUUGUGAUGAAAAUGGAAUAAAAUAUUCAAUUCUAUACUUUAAAAAAACUUAGUGGUGAAUUAUAGUAGAUUUUUAAUUUCACCUUGGGAAAUAGAAUUGUCAAGAAGGAUGUAGUACAUGUAGAUAAAAUACUCCUUAAUCCCAAUGCAAUGUUUUAAAGACAUAAUUAAUUGUGAUAUGUAUAAUUAUGCAUUAAUAAUUAUUAAAAUAUGACGUAAUCUUUA